AUGGAGCCUAUGGAUAUCGCCGUCGAGGACGACUUGAUAUCAUUAAGUGGUUCGUCAACAACGUCAUUGCCAUCUUCAGAUGAUGAUUUCAGCGAGAAGACUGAUUUAAUGAUCCCGCAAAAGGGCAAUCCGAUGCUAGAUCGAGCCCUUUCCACAGGGCAUGAUGUCGAAGCUCAUUGGUUCAAGUGUCGCCAUGAAAUGAAUUUGUUACAGCUAGAAAAUGUAUCAAUAUCCACUUUUAUAGGCAGUGGCCGUCUUGCUCGAUUUCUAAAGUCUCAAGAUCCACAAAUUGAAGCUUUCCAACGGUCCAAUUGUUCAUUAAUGGGUCGUCGUUGGGUUACUCCAUUAGCACUUGCUCAACACACUGAUAAACUUUUUGCUUUACUGAGGCAAAAGAUUCUAACAUUCAAGAAUCCAAUUAGUAGACAGGAUUUGACAGAAACCAAUCUUGGCCAGCAACGUCAUGAAAUGGCUGAAUUUUUGUUAUACAUUUGUAUAUUUGUAUAUAGGUAUAUGGACGAUUUCGAAUCUCAUCCAAUGUUACGAGAUUAUGCUUUCUAUACGCAACAGUUGUCUUUGUCGUCGGCUUUAGCAGAACAAUUAUCGAAGGCUAUUUCCUAUAGUGGCCAUUUAUUUCAAUAUUAUGACUCAUUAACACCGCAUCAAAUAGCAUUCCGUGUUAGCAGUAGUAGACCUAUCACCGAUCAUCUAUUUCAUUUGCAUUUAGAUAUGCACUUUUGCUACAUAGAAACACUCUAUAGGCUAAUGUCGAAACAAUGUAACGUUAACGUAGAAGCUGCAUGCAUCGAUAUUCUAUGGGAGUUGGUGAUGGUUGCAAGCAAUAUAUUUAGCAAAGCAUCAUCAGCCGAAGAACGGAAGAGAUCGCUUCCAUUUCCUUGCUCCUGUUGCUUGCAAGUUUGGUUGACAGUUAUUUACACUACAGAUGAUAUUUCCAAAAACUAUGGUGCACAGGAUCAGGAUAUCGGAGAAGGGAAUCGUCGACUUCAUUUACAGUUUUGUUUAAUGCUUUCGAAGAAUUGGGGUGCAAAUACAGAUGUAAUAUUAUGGAUGUGGGACUAUUUUCAUCGGCGAUUGGUUGGUGCUACAAACUCUGUUAAUACUAAUAUGAUGUCGAUAUUGUUUAAAUGUCGCUCUGCUCGUGAAUGGAUGGAUAAAUGUGUUUUAAGGUGUCAAGGGAUAGAUGAGAGCAAUAGACAAGAUGAAAAUAGCUACGGCUACUUUCUGCAACAUCUUGCAUUCCAUUUGAAGGACCUCUUGUCAAUAGAGAAUUCGAAUCGAAUAUGGAAACAAAUAAAAGGAAGAAUAUACUCUAAAUUUCACAAGCGUCGAAUGGGAGAAUUAAAUGCUGUAGGAUUGCAUAAUUUUCUGAGUUUGUAUAUUACGCUGGCUUGUAUUGCUGAUGCAGAAGAUGUGACGACGAAAAUGUUCGACCUUCUCGCAAUGCUUGAUUCAAGAAAUUUGGAAACACAAAAAGAGUUAAUAAUAAAGAAAGGCUAUUUUGCAAUGGCACAACUAUAUAUUACCAAAAAUAUGAAUAUUUUCCAUAUUGCGGGUAUUAUUGUAGACGCUUUUAUCGUUACAUGCAAUGACUUUAAUUAUUGCCAAAAUGAUAUUACGAAACGUCGGCAUUUGUGGGACUGCGUAGUACUUUAUACUGAUAGUGUAGAGGAAAUAUUUACCGCAAGCAAAGGAUUUCGAUUAUCAGAAAUUAAGUUGCUCUCAGAAGUAUUGGAAUCGAUAUGGAUAGAAGUAUUUCCUCAAGUCCUAAACUACUUUAAUAAAAGCGUAGAUAUGCUUGCUAUAAGUCAUCCAGCGUAUUUAACGGAUAUUUUAGCCGAAUUUUCGCUAAUAUCAUUAGACCAUACUUCUUGUCGAUAUUUAUGUUAUCUAUUGCAAUCGCCAAGUGCGAAGAAAGUCCUCAUAGCAGAAUACCAGACUCAAGUUGUUCAUUCCUGGUUUAGGUGUUCUUUCCAACUUCCUGAAAGUGAUUUACAAGUUAUCGAUUUUACAAGAUAUAUUUGUGAUUUUCCGGAAAUAAAAGAAAGUCUUUCAAAUCAGCAUCAAAGUUCAUCGGAAUAUGACUCUCUGCGUCAGAAAGUAUUGGUUUAUACGGACAAUUUGCAAGCAUAUAUAGAAACCUUUAUUGCUAGCAGUGGACCACGUCAGCAGAUACAGCAAAUCUAUAAAAUAUGUGCUACCCUUGUUGAAUCAUGUCCUGACGUAAUUUAUAGUAAAACGCAACGACAAUGCUUGUUGCCGAGGCUUAUUGAUAUGCUACUACUACCGAACGCUCAGUCAAAUCCCAGCUUUGCAGUAAUUGAAGCAAAUAUAAGAAAGCAUCUAUCUGGUGUAAGGGUUCUUUAUGUGCUGUAG